AUGGUCUCACCCGCGCCCGUCGCCUCCAUUUCCACCUCUACCUCGAGCCUGUAUGCGAACGAGAGCUUGGACCAAAUUAGCUCCUUGCCCGCUCACGCACAGCAGAAUCACGAGCCUCGGCUUUCGACCUCGCUCCCCACACCGACAUCGACGAUCCCGGCUUCGGUCGUCAGGGGUCGACCUCGCUCGUCGUCCAUCUCUAACGGCUCACCCAGUCCCAGCCUCGGUUCAACCAUACCGCUCCCUUCGCUGUUCAACGAUCCCGCCUCACCGACCGCAUCCCCCUGGACUUUCAAAGCAGCCGCGACGACGAGCAUCAGCGUGAUUGGACCUUCCCCUACAGCACGACGGACCGCAUCCUCGUUCAGUGCACCGAGCACUCCCAUCACCAGCAAUGGGUUGUCGCCACUCCAGUUCGGCCACAGCAACAGCAACAGCAACAGCAGCAGCGGGAGCUCCAGUGGAUCAGGGUGGGGGCAUCGACCGUCAUUAUCCGUACCCGGGAUCGUCUCCCCGCUCCCUGUUCCGGCUGGAGGGGUCGCUCGAGGAGGUCGACAUCGGAGAACACAGAGCGUUUCUCCUCCCGGUUUCCCCGUCCUCAGCGCUUACGAAGUGACUGGGUUCGCUCCGAGUACCUCGCCGACGGCGAACUCGCCCUUUCAGACUCGGUCGAUCUCUACAUCCCCGGCCUCGAAUUUCUCAUCCCCGGCCUCGAAUUUCUCAUCCCCGGCCUCGAAUUUCUCAUCCCCACCUUCACAUCCUGCGGUGCCACCGCAUCCUGGCUCGCCAUUGAUGCCUUCACAGCGGAGGGAAAGCCCAUCAAGGGGAUUCGGCCGGAGAGAAUCGCCGUCCAGAGGAUCUUCGACAAAGGCAUCACCACGCGCCAUUGCGACCUUUUCGAACGCCGCCGUAGCACGCUUGACGAUGCCCCGCGCCGAGAUCAGUCCGAUACGGCACAAUCACGGCUCGUUCGCGCACGACGACCUCGUUUCGACCUCGCCGAACGGGUCGAGCUUGUUCGCUUCGAUGCAGGCUUCCGCGCUCUUGUCCGGCACGGCGGGCUUACCUUCUGGGAAUCACCAUGCGUUCUCUCAUGCGGCGCUACUCUCGGGGGUGCGAUCACAUGCGAUCUCUCACGUCGAUCCUCCCGCCUUUUCGGCCGACAUUCGCGAGACACCAUUCACUUUGGCCACUGGCUUAUCAUCACCACCAUUCGGACCGACAUCACCGAAUCCGUAUCAGCCCGUACCUUCGAUUUCCGACCUUCCGCCCCGAGCGGCCGAACUGGAUCUCGAGCAUGUUUUACGGAACGGUGGAGGCAAUACGAUGGGGCUCGGGAUGGUGGACGACGACACGGCGGAGCCGACACGACCGGUCGUUCUGAACCCACCGAGUCGCUUGGGAGCCAUCUCACCACCUUUACUGCCACUACCUGCGAUUCCAGGCGAGCCGAUGCCGGUGGCUCGGCCAAGGGCUGGAUCGUUCAGUCGUGAUCUGGCAGUGAGCCCCGCUAGUCCGGCGUCGCGCUUCCUCGAGACGAGACCGUCGGCAUCGGUUGGGCAUUGUGAUGAGCGUGUGACGCCGGAGGAACAACAUCGACGGAGUCCACCGCCUGAACCACCGUUGUUCUUGUCGCGUUCGCCGCCCAUCAUUCCCAUUUCGGCUUCGAGCUUGACGUCCGCUCUGCAUGGAUUACCUCCGCACUCGGCGGCUGCAGUAGGGUCGGUGUUUGACUCCGAGCCGCCGACGAGACUGACGACCACGAAGACCGUAGGAUUCGACGUCACUUCGCCUGCUGGAACCGCAGCUCUCUCACCACCUCCUCUACCCUCGAUUUCAGCCUCGACAUCCCUCGAUUCAACCCUGGUUUCGGACGAUCUUCCCCCACCUCCAUCUCCCCAUCACCAGACGAUCGCCCUACCACCUCCACAAGUCGCCCCUGCCCCCCUUCCAUCCCAUCUCGGUGGACCCCUGUUGCAAGGCCAGCAUGCACCCCGGAGAAAAGUCCGAGGAUCGAAACUGGGUUUGGUUGCGAGCGCGGAUCAUAUCCCGAAACGACAUUCGCCUUUGGUCGUUGAUGCUGUUGCGUCGAAUAGGGAGGGAACGCCUCCUACAGCUGAGGCGAUUGGACACUUGGGUGAGGACGAUGGGGAGAAGGACAAGCAAGAGGAGGCGGAGGUCAAACCUGCUUCAUCGGUUGUUCAGACCAGCGAGAGACGUGAUGUUGCAGAGACAAAUCACGUUGUACCGGAAGGCACGCCGACGAUUGCCCUGUCAGACGACGCCUCGCGGUCCUUCUCGCCCCUAGGUCAGCCUCAACAUCUGGAAGACGCGUCCUCGGAAACGGCGUACCAAACCGUCGAACAACACCUCGCUCGAACACCUUCACCUCCCAAGAGUUGUUGGGACGUCGACGAACCCGAGGAAGACGGAUUUGACGAAGGCUUUGCGUCCAGCUCGCCCCCUCGGGAAGGUGUUGCGCCUGGUCUCGAGCUUGGGGGAGGGAUUGACAAUGCGGGUGAUCUAGCCCUCGCGCGUAUGGGACGACAAGAACGUGCCCUUGCCGGACCGGAGAUGAACAUCCCUUUGAGCAACGGUUUCGGUGCCCUAGGCUUCAUGGACGUCGAUCAAUUCCAACAGCAGCAACAGAGAAUACAGUACGAAUUGGGCGUUGCGGCGGGGCAUGGGAUUUCGGCCUUGGAGGGAGGACAUGAUUCGCAGGAGGUCUGCGCGAUCGAUGAGGAGACUUUGUCGGCGCUGGAGAGGAUCUUCGUGUGUGCGAAGAGUGAUGCGACGGAGGAGAGGUGAGUUUGGUACGGGUGUGGAACUGGAUUUGGCUUAUGGGAGACUGACCCGGUCUUUGUUUGGCUCGCAGGAUUCGAGUGUCGAACCACCUCCCAGAAUGGCUCUUGGGCGUCGACAUUUGCGAAGCGGCCGAAUAUGUGCUUCCCCUGCUCAUCGGUCUCGCGACCGAUCCGGCCGAUUACGUCAAGGAGGCAUUCGCGAUGCAACUCGAUCGCGUUAUGUGGCAUUUCUUCAGCCAGUGCCCGUUGAUUGAACUCGACCCUUCAUAUGAGGGAGGGUUACAUCGGAGUCAUGCGCCGGUACAAGCGAAUGGGACGGAGAUCGUCGCGGAUGGUUCGCCCGUCCCUUCGCGUUACCCGUCUGUGCAUCAGCAUCAUCAGCAUCAUCAGCAUCAUCAACAUCAGCAUUCGGAAUCGACGAUGCCGAAUGGGGAGCGAUCCCCCACUUCGACGCACUUUGGGCUCUCGGACGACUCGGCAGCGAGUUCGACCCCACCGCCAACAUCAAAGACAUCGCCUUCCAACACCGAAGUAGCGGACUCGCCUCGCAUCUCAUCGGCGACGUUCACCUCCCUACUAGGCGCCUUAUUGACGGAUCAAUCCAGUGGUGUUGCGAAAGGGGCUGAGAGUGCGCUCGUGCGAUUCUUGUGUCGACUCAAAGGCAAGCAGAUCCCGUUCGAGUCACCGGUGUCUUCGCCUUUCUUGUCGAAUGUGCCCUUACCUUCCGUGGAGGAGGAUUCGACGCCGACUCCGACGCCUGCGGAUGGGAAUACACCGGGUUAUCAACUCACACCUGACGCGAGGCGGUUAUUGGAGGACGAGAUCGUUACAGGUAUUGUCUUGGGCCUUGCUCGGCUCGACGAAGACGAACAACUUGUGCAACAAGCUCAAAGACAAGCCCAGGAAGAAGAACAAGACCGAUCUUCGACGCCCGCCUCAGCAUCGAGUCAAAUUCGUCAGACGAACUCGUCGCCUCAGCUCUUCUCGAGCCCCGAGGAAGAUGCAUACGAUGAUGGCUGGCUCACGUCCGAUUCGGGACCUUUUGCCGACUCGCCAUUGGAUGCCCCCGCCCCUGAUCUCGGAUGGGGUCUCCCCACUUCGACCACGAACGGUGCCGCAUCGACUCCUAGUGAACCAAAACAUUCAACCUUUUCCCCCGACCCCAACUUCUGCGUAGACGAUGACGAAACGACGAUCGGCAAAGUCGUUUCCAUGAGCCUAGUCGCCGCCAUCGCUUCGACGGAUUGUUUGGAUCCGCACACGUUGACUGUGCAGAUCUUACCGGAGGUUGAGAAAUUGAACAGGGAUGGGGUUUAUUAUGUUCGGAGGGAGGCGGCGCAGGCGCUGGGGAGCUUGGCGAGGACUUUGCCGUUGGAAGUUGUGGAGUCGAGGGUGGUGAGUUGACUCGGCUUGGCUUAGCGUGGCGUUUGCUCUGUCGUACUGACGUUCGGCCUGUUGCGAUUCCAUCACAGUUACCCAUGUACUCCGUCUUCGCCCACGACGACAACUUUGACGUCCGUCGAGCGGCAUGCCUCGUCCUACCCGCGAUCUGCAAGCGUCUUCCCAGCGACCUCCGCCGACGGCUCGCUGUCGACCACAUGAAGCAGUUCAGUUGCGAUUCGUCUCGCAUCGUACGCAGUGGCGCGCUCGAAGUCUGCGGCGAGAUGACGUACCUCUUUUACGAGGACCCGUCGGGCGUGCCGGAUGAGAUCCUUUCGGUCUUUUUGGGCCAGACCAUCUCGACAUGUGACGCUAGGACGAGCGCUACCGACGCUGCUCUGGCUCCGCAGACUUCCGAGGAUGAGGAUGAGUUCACUCCAUUGGCCAACCCUCUUGAUUCGCCUCCCGCCGCAGUGGCCGACUUGCCCCCGACAUGGGAUUCCGCCGCCUCCGCUCGCGAUCCAGAUCGACCUGUGAUGUGUGCCUUCAACUUCCCCGCCAUUGUCCUUACGUUGGGUCGUGAUAAGUGGCCCUCGUUACGACCUUACCACUUCGAGCUGUGCCAACACAAGACGGCCAAAGUGAGGCAAUCGCUCGCUUCCUCCCUGCAUGAAGUAGCCAAGAUCAUCGGACCCGCCCAAGCCGACGUCGCGUUGCUCGAACCGUUCACUUGGUACCUCACCGACCACGACCAGAUCCAAAAUGCCUUAUUGGACAAUCUCACGAGUCUACUGUUCGCUUUCGGACCCGAUGCGGGCAGGUCGGCAUUGGCUGCUCUCGUCGAAGCUUGGGACAAAAUCACUGUUUGGAGAAGGAGGGAAACGAUCGCCAAGUACCUCGGCAGUCUAGGAGCACACUACAUGCUCGUUGGGUCGCCGGAUGAAGUUUUGCUCUUGCUCGCCAAGGCGUUCGGGGAUGAAGUUGCGGUCGUGCGGGAACAAGCCGUCUACGCAGUACCUUAUCUCAUACAAGCGAUCAUGGUCGACGAAGAAGCCAGUGCCAAGAUGUGGGCCUUCCUCAGCGUCUUUUAUGAAGAUGCGAGUUAUCGCAAUCGGGUCGUUUACACGUCGUGUGUGUUGGCUUCGAUACGAGUUGGCGUUCCGAGGGAGGUCUUUGAGGAACAUUUCUUGCCGGCGUUGGUGCAGCUCGCUCAGGAUCGGGUCAUCAAUGUGCGGAUUGCUGUGGGUCGAGUUGCGAGUGAAUUGUGUCAGAAUAGUGCGUACAUGAUUGACCCUUUAAGUUUCGGCAGUGAUCACUAACGAACCAUGUGUGGCACUCUAUAGAACGAUUCUACGCCGAGCUCUCGUCGCGCACCCCGCUCUCCGGCCUCCUAAGGGCGCUCUUCCACUGCACCGAUCGCGACGUACGGGAUCCGAUCGUUCGAUUCUACGUUCCUGACGGCGACUCGCGCUCCUCCACGCCCGACUCAAUGAUGGUCGAUCGAUCCGUCGGGGUCCAAAGUCGUCUGCGGAACCACCACGGGGAAGUCGAUGACUCUUCCUCCGACAUGGAAGAAGACGAUCGACCUCUCCCCACGGCUACGCGAUCCAACCCCUCUUCCCACGGUGUGCAUUUUGAACGUGAUCUAGGAAGCGACGACUCUGUCAUGUCCGGUGAAGGCGACGACGAUGAGAUCAUGGAUUUCGACGAGGACGGCGCUUCGAACGGUCCGGACGCGCUGUGGACGCGCGAUAUGGUCGACGAUAGUUUCGUCGAAGUCCAUCGAGGAACGAAUUAG